AUGGCACCGCGCCGCCCCGGCCGCGCCCUCCUGGCCGUCGCGGCCGCGGCGUCCGCCGCAUGGGCGGUCCGCACCACGUUCGUGCCUUCGCCACAGGCCUCGCGGGCCAUGGGCGAGCUCCGCCCCGUGCUCGCCGUGAGCGCCGCGCUGCCGGCGCUGACGCUGCUGGCCGAGGACGCGGAGGCCAAGUACGGCGACCAGAGGAAGUGGCAUUCCGUCUUGGUGCCGCUGACCACCCUGAUCGUCCCUGGCAUCGCGUUCGCGGCCUUCCUGCUCUACACCUUCUCCGACGACUUCGCCUGGCAGCUCAACCCGAACGCGCCGAAGAACAUCGAGAAGCAGGCCCAGUACGACAUGGUCCCCGCCUGGAAGAACCGCAGCGAUCCUUUCAGGGGUCUGUUGAACAAGGAUGACUUCGAGAAGGGCCUGGAGGAGGCCUGGGAGAAGGCCAAGCCGGCGGGCAGCACCGUCACGGUUAAGCAGAAGCUGGCCGAGAUGUCCACCCAGAACAACCCCCAUUUUAUGGAGAACAAGCUGGCGAAGCUGAGGAUGAAGGCGAGGGCGGCGCUGUCCGCCUGA